UUUGUUGUUGACAACUGUGAGCUUUGACCGCCUCCUCACAACCCAGUCUAAAUGGGAUUUAUAAUCCCCCUUCCCACCCACUGUCUUCACUCUCUGGGGCAGGAAUGUUGGCUCCUGUUCUCUGUCACCUGUCGGAAUCCAUCCUCCUGUCACGAGCUUAUAUGGACAAAUCAGCCAGCUGUCACGUGACUCCUGCUGCUAAAAACAGCCCUGGCACCCGCUCGGAACCUGGUCUGAAACAAUGUCCUCCACCGACAGAAACAUAAAGGACACUUGAUCACACAAUCCUUGGAAUUAUUUCCAGGAAACACUUGCAGAAACCAUUCGAGGACCCUUUCCCUGGCAACGCACACAGGGACGGCCAGGAGAUGAGCGCAUCCUUGAAUUACAAGUCUUUUUCCAAAGAGCAGCAGACCAUGGAUAACUUGGAGAAGCAACUCAUCUGUCCCAUCUGCUUAGAGAUGUUCACGAAACCCGUGGUUAUUCUCCCUUGUCAGCAUAACCUGUGUAGGAAAUGUGCCAGUGAUAUUUUCCAGGCCUCUAACCCGUAUUUGCCCACAAGAGGCGGCACCACAGUGGCAUCAGGAGGCCGAUUUCGCUGUCCUUCCUGUAGACAUGAAGUGGUUUUGGACAGACACGGAAUAUAUGGACUUCAGAGAAACCUGCUGGUGGAAAAUAUCAUUGACAUAUACAAGCAGGAGUCCACCAGGCCAGAAAAGAAGUCAGACCAGCCUAUGUGUGAGGAGCAUGAAGAGGAGCGAAUCAAUAUUUACUGUCUGAACUGUGAAGUGCCCACCUGCUCUCUGUGCAAGGUCUUUGGGGCACACAAGGAUUGCCAGGUGGCUCCCCUCACUCAUGUGUUUCAGAGACAGAAGUCUGAACUCAGUGACGGCAUUGCUGUCCUCGUGGGGAGCAACGACCGAGUCCAGGGAGUGAUCACCCAGCUGGAAGAUACCUGUAAAACGAUUGAGGAAUGUUGCAGAAAACAGAAACAGGACCUUUGUGAGAAGUUUGAUUACCUGUAUGGCAUUCUGGAGGAGAGAAAGAAUGAAAUGACCCAAGUUAUUACUCGAACCCAAGAGGAGAAACUGGAUCAUGUCCGUGCUCUGAUCAAGAAGUAUUCUGAUCAUUUGGAGAAUGUAUCGAAGCUGGUAGAAUCAGGAAUCCAGUUCAUGGAUGAGCCAGAAAUGGCAGUGUUUCUACAGAAUGCCAAAACCCUGUUACAAAAAAUUUCUGAAGCAUCAAAGGCAUUUCAGAUGGAGAAAAUAGAACAUGGUUAUGAGAACAUGAACCACUUCACAGUCAACCUCAAUAGAGAAGAAAAAAUAAUACGUGAAAUUGAUUUUUACAGAGAAGAUGAAGAUGAAGAAGAAGAAGGAGAACAAGAAGACGAAGGAGGAGAAAUAGAAGAAGUCAGAGAAAUAGAAGAGGUAGAAAAUAUUCGAACAGAGUCAUCAGGAGAAGAUGAAACUGCAGAGGAAGGUUUGGAGCCCUCUCAACUGGCCUCGGAGCUCCAGGCUGCCACUCAGGCACAUCCAGUUUCCUCUCCAGAGCCUCCUGCUACAGAUGCCCCAGUGACACAGGGGGAGGUUGUACCCACUGACUCUCAGCAGACCACAGAGUCUGAAACUCCAGUCCCUGCAGCAACGGACACUGCGGAUCCCUUAUUUUACCCUAGUUGGUAUAAAGGCCAAACUCGGAAAGCCACUACCAACCCACCUACCACCCCAGAGAGCCAAGGUCUGGGGCACAUAGGGCCUACAGAAGCUGAGGAGUCGAAUGUGCAGAAGGCAGAAGUGGCAGAAGCCUCAGCCAGUGAGAGGGCAGCAGUGAGUGGUAAGGAAACUAGUUCACCUGCAGCUACUUCUCAGAUUGGAUUUGAGGACCCUUCCAUCCAGGGACAGGCUGCAGCUUCAGGGAGUGGGAAUGGAGAUGAUUCAGAGCCAGCUCGCCAUGUCUUCUCCUUUUCCUGGUUGAACUCCCCAAAUGAAUGAUAUUCAUUCCAACUGUUGCCCCUCUGUCUGCCUGAUUGAAAUGUACACAGGCAGCAGGGAGUCUAAAUAAAAUCAACAUGAUACAGAUGAUAAAAGGGACCGCUGAACAGGAUUUAUUCAAAGCAGACAAAGAAACUUCUAAUUCCAGAUGAUUUAUCUAACACAUAGAGGGAAAAUAAUAGCUAGAGAAAUAGUUGCAAAGAGCAUUGAAACAAAGAAACUUGAUCACAUCUUUUAUCAUGUGGAAAAUAUUAGGUAGGGUGUGUAGGUGUGGUAUGUGUGUCAGCGACAAGUGGCAAGUGUUGAAAAAAAGUGGGCUCUACACUAUCAUCUCAGAUAGGUGCAGGUUUUUAUUAUUAUUCUAUCAUAGUAGUUUUUAUUUUCUUUCUUAGCAGUGUAGAUAGUCAGUGAAAUUCAGUGUUUAUUCAGAAGUGACUAAUUUCUUAAUAUGGUAUUAAACGUAAAUCAUUGACCAAAGGUAUGAAAUGUUCCAUAAUGGUUUUCCCUUUCAAUAAUAGAUGUUGCUGAAAGUGUACUAGAAAUGUUUGACUCUGGUGACAUUUUUAUAGUCCAGAAAACUGCAGGUCUAGGACAUUUUUCUACCAUUUUUUCUAAUCCUAGUUUUAGUAUGCAAAUAUCUGUCACUUCCAUUGAAAAUAUUAUACAACAGGAACUAUCUACUUUCUCAUUGUGUAUACUGAGGUACCAACUUGGUAAGGACAAUUCCAUGUAUUCAAAUACACACACACACACACACACACACACAUAUUUAAUAUAGAUACAUAUUUAAAUAGUGGUUUGUCCCACCAAAAUAUCUUCUUCAGAACAUAAGUAUAACUUUUUUCUAUAUGAACUCUUAAAUAAAGACUGUUUUUAAGAAUUCAGUCUUAUAAUAAUUUAUUCAGCAUUUUCAUAUUAUAUUAUUAUUUAGUUAGUCAAGUGUAUUUAA